AUUAGCUUGGGCUACAAAACCCUUCUUCAACCCAGAGCUCUCACCUGAAAAGAACAGCGAUAAAGCAUCAGAGAAAUAGCUCAAACUCAAAGCAUGUUCUCUCGUCCUCUCUCCCACAAAUCGAUUCCUAUUCUCUUCUGGACAUUUAAAGCUUCCUUUUCCACACACAUUGUUGGCGACACUCCAAUUCUUGUUAGGGAUUUUAUACGAUCUGCAUUGUAUGAUCCUACUCAUGGUUACUUCACUCAAAGAUCAGGAUCAGUCGGAGUGCUCGAGAGAAGCAUUAGGUUCAAUCAGCUCGAAGGCAGGAGAGCUUAUAUGCAGCAUUUGGAUAAAAUUUACAAGCAGAACAACAUAUCAUGGUUUACUCCUGUAGAGCUUUUUAAGCCUUGGUAUGCCCAUGGGAUUGCUGAAGCAAUUAUGCGAACUGCUAAUCUUUCAGUUCCAUUAAGAAUAUAUGAAAUUGGUGGUGGAUCAGGAACUUGUGCAAAGGGCAUAAUGGAUUACAUAAUGUUGAAUGCACCUACGAGAGUUUACAAUAAUAUGACUUACAUUUCAGUGGAAAUCAGUUCCUCACUGGCCAAGAAACAAAUAGAGACAGUUGGAGAAGUUGGCAGUCACUUAUCAAAGUUUCGAGUAGAGUGUCGUGAUGCUGCCGAUCGGAGUGGGUGGGGGGAUGCAGAGCAACAACCAUGCUGGGUUAUAAUGCUUGAGGUUCUUGAUAAUCUUCCACAUGAUCUUAUCUAUUCGGAAAAUCAAGUUUCACCUUGGAUGGAAGUAUGGGUUGAAAAGCAACAUGACAGUAGGUCACAGCUCUCUGAGUUGUAUAAGACUUUACAAGAUCCACUAAUUACACGUUGUAUGGAGAUUGUGAAUUUGGACGAAGAUCAUACAGCUCAAGGAAGCAAGGGAGAUUCGGCACUAAAAAAAAUUUGGGCUAAAAUUUACCCAAAGUCUCAAAGAUGUUGGCUACCUACUGGCUGCCUGAAACUUCUAGAAGUUCUACAUGGAGCCCUACCAAAGAUGUCUUUGAUUGCUUCAGAUUUCAGUUACCUUCCUGAUGUGAGAAUACCUGGUGAAAGAGCUCCAUUGGUUUCAACCAAGAACGACGGGCAAAGUUCAGAUCACAGCAGUUAUCUGGAUGCUAAGGGUGAUGCUGAUAUCUUUUUCCCAACAGACUUCUGGCUGUUGGAACGUCUAGAUCAUUAUUGUUCUGGGUGGCUGAAGCUGCAAAAAGAAAAAUCAUCAAAGCAAGGGAAAAAAAGGCGGACUAUCACGCUUGAGACAUCUUCAUUCAUGGAAGAGUUUGGUCUGCCCACAAAAACGAGGACCAAAGAUGGAUACAACCCUCUUAUGGAUGACUUCAAGAACACUAAAAUUUAUCUGAGUGUUCCCACGCAUAAUACAAAGUAGAAGAAGCUGAUAUAGUAUGUUUUCUGAGGCCACUUCACUUUGGAGGAAGCAUGCUCUUGAAGCUACACGGUCGAUUUUGAGGCUUGGCUUGUUAGAAUUGAAGUGUGUCAAAUAUGCGAGUUAAAUCAGGCAUGAUGCGAACAAUGGUUUGAGUUUGUGCUGCGCAUGAUGCAGAAAUUUAUGUAUCAGGAUACAGUCAUAAAACACAAUUUGGGGACCAAAUUGUGUUUUACGAAUUCUUUGUUGUGAGGCUAGGGCUAGCUAAGCAAGCACAACCUGGAAAAAAAAAAUGAAAGCUUAGAAACAGUUUCAACUUCUCACGAUCAUUUGUUGUCAUUCAAUUUUGUAAGAGAAUUAGAUGAGGAAACAACGUUAUUCAUGUGUUCUAUUUACAUAUUUUUCUGAGCAUUUUUACACUAA